AUGGAGUACUUCAGUCUGAAGCGGUCGACCGCUGCCGAUCAUGGCCAAUCCAACCUGUCCAGCAAGAUCUACGUGCGGUCUACGAAAAGUGGCAAGGUCCAGAAAAUUGUGAGAGAACUGUAUCUGCGACAGGACAUUCCAUGCUCGUCCAAUCUUUGCAGGGCAUGUCUAGAGAUUGCGCCGACCGACUACUCGAAGAAAGUCGCACCAUUCGUCCUAUCAGACACACCAGCAGGAUCCAAGGACUUCCCAAAUGGCCAAUAUCUCAUCCCAGAUACGAAUGCUUUCCUUACUGGAAUGGACUUGUUCGAGGUUGAAACCGCUUUUCAUGAUGUUAUUGUCCUGCAAACCGUGCUAGAGGAAGUCAAGAACCGCUCCCUGCCUCUGUAUCAUCGUCUGAUCUCCUUGACCAAGAACGAAGGAAAGCGUUUCUACGUAUUUUUCAACGAGUUUAGGCAAGAGACGUAUGUAGCACGGGAAGCUGGAGAAACGAUCAAUGAUCGAAACGACCGAGCUGUGCGCAAAGCCGUGCAGUGGUACAACCAACACAUCACGGAGGCUGUUCAAAAGCGGAGCAAGAAACAGACGCGCAUCCCUACGGUAGUAAUGAUCACCGACGAUAGAGACAACCUGCGGAAAGCCAAGGCCGAGAAAGUCCCAGGCAAGACUCUGUCCGACUUUGUCUCUGGCCUCGAAAACUCCGAUGAGCUUCUAGAUAUGAUCAGCGCAGCACAAGAGCAGCGAGAAGUCAGGUCGAAAAAGCCAGAAAUCUUCUACUCCGAACAUUACACGGUCUCGAAGAUGAUGACUGGCGUGAAAGCUGGAACCUUACACCAAGGCAUUUUCAACGUCUCCCCAUACAACUAUCUGGAAGGCUCGGUUCACGUGCCCGCAUUCGACAAAUCGCUCCUCAUUCUAGGGCGUGAGAACAGCAACCGGGCUGUCUCUGGCGAUGUCGUAGUUGUUGAAGUACUGCCUAAGGAUCAGUGGAAGGCGCCUUCAACCAAGAUCAUUGAAGAGGAGACGGUGAACAAGAACGAUAACGCAGAGGCCGAGGAAGGCGAAAACGUCAUCCCAGAGAGAGAGCGACGAGCGCUACAAGAGGAGGUCAAGCGUGUACAUGGGCAGACUAUAGAGGGCAGGCCACAGCCAACUGCGCGCGUAGUGGGUGUCAUCAAGCGGAAUUGGAGACAAUACGUGGGCCACAUUGAUCGCGAUUCUGUUCGCUCCUCUUCGAAAUCGAGCAGACAACAACAGACCGUAUUCCUUGUCCCAAUGGACAAGCGCAUUCCCAAGAUUCGGAUACGAACACGACAAGCUGGAGAGCUCCUUGGUCAACGCGUUCUGGCGACAAUCGACUCCUGGGAUAGAGACUCUCGAUAUCCGGUCGGCCAUUUUGUACGAUCGCUCGGCGAGCUUGAGUCCAAGGGCGCAGAGACCGAAGCUUUGCUACUGGAGUGGGAUGUUCAAUACAAGCCCUUCCCAAAGACGGUCCUUGACUGUUUACCCGCAGAAGGUCACGACUGGAAAGUGCCAACUAGCUUGGAGGAUCCGGGCUGGAAGGGACGCAAGGAUCUCCGCGACCUCUUGGUAUGCUCUAUCGAUCCGGUUGGUUGUGUUGACAUCGACGAUGCUCUCCAUGCCCACAAGCUGCCGAAUGGCAACUAUCAAGUCGGUGUCCAUAUUGCGGACGUGUCUCAUUUCGUUAAGCCGAACAACGCCAUGGACAAGGAAGCCAGCCAGCGCGGAACGACCGUUUACCUAGUCGACAAGCGCAUAGACAUGUUGCCUAUGCUUCUAGGGACAGACCUGUGCUCCUUGAAGCCAUAUGUAGAGCGUUACGCUUUCUCGGUAAUUUGGGAGGUCACAGAGGAUGCUGACAUCGUCUCUUCCUACUUCACCAAGUCCGUCAUUCGGUCGAGAGAAGCCUUCAGCUACGAACAAGCCCAAAUCCGCAUAGACGACGCCUCGCAGCAGGACGACCUCACGAAGGGUAUGCGAACUCUGCUCAUGCUUUCCAAGAAGUUGAAGCAAAAGCGAAUGGAUGCUGGAGCUUUGAACCUGUCUUCGCCAGAAGUAAAGGUCCGAACUGAAUCUGAGACAUCAGACCCGGCAGACGUCCAAACCAAGAAGCAUCUUGAUACCAACUCGCUUGUGGAGGAGUUCAUGUUGCUCGCCAACAUCAGUGUCGCUGCAAAGAACUACGAGGCCUUCCCGCAAACAGCGCUGCUUCGUCGUCACGCUGCCCCUCCAAAAACCAACUUCGAAGAGCUAGACAACCAACUCAAGGUCAAGAAGGGAAUGGAGCUUAAGACAGACAGUUCCAAAGCUUUGGCUGACUCACUUGAUAAGUGUGUUGAUCCCAGCAACCCGUUCUUCAACACUCUUGUCAGGAUUAUGGCGACGCGUUGCAUGAUGUCCGCAGAGUACUUCUGUGCCGGAACACAAGCGUACCCCGAGUUCAGGCAUUAUGGUCUUGCGAGCGAGAUCUACACUCACUUCACAUCCCCGAUUCGCCGCUACGCUGAUCUCGAAGCACAUCGCCAGCUUGCUGCUGCCAUUGAAUACGAGCAGUUGGAUCCCAGCCUACAGUCAAAAGCCAAGCUUGAGGCUGUGUGCAAGAACAUCAACGUGCGCCAUCGCAACGCACAAAUGGCCGGUCGCGCUUCCAUUGAGUACUACGUUGGCCAAGCACUUAAGGGCAAGGACAUCAACGAGGAAGGUUUCGUUAUGAAGAUCUUCUCCAAUGGUUUCGUGGUCUUUGUACCAAGAUUUGGAAUCGAAAGUCUCAUCAGAUUGAGGGAUCUCGCCACACCGGAGCCAGAAGCUGAUUUUGAUGCCGAGAACUAUGUGCUGAGCAUCAAGGGCGAUGUCAAGCGGACUAUCGAGCUGUUUGAGAAGGUGACUGUCAGGAUCACGGAUGAGCUUGAAGAGAGCACUGGAAAGAGGAAGGUGCGCUUGAGCCUGGUAUGA